AUGCAAUAUCUUCCUAAAAUAGUAAUACAAUUAGGAUGGUUAGCGAACAGUCUUAUCUCGAACUUCCAUAAAAGACCAACCGAUGCAUUGAGGAGUCCAAACAAGAGAUUUUCUUUUGAUACCUUCCCUCAACCCAAACAUCCUAUACGUAAGAACAGUAGUGUAACGUCAUAUCUUCAAGUACUUAUCCCCGGAUAUGAUGACUGCAUAUGGGAAGCUCCCUUGUCACCAGGUUGUACAAGUGUCAAAAUGCUCUAUAUAAAGUUAAGCUGUCAAUUGAGUGAUCAAUCGAAUGAUUAA